AUGCCAAAGGGACAAGGUUCUUCUAGUCAAGGUGGCCAGAACGCUAACGGAGGCGGCUACUCGUACAACUCGCACGGUACCAACAGUCAAGUGAGUUUGAUCUGUCGUCGAUGGCGCGCGCCCACCAGACGAGGCACAAGUAGCCUGGGAGUUGACUUGAUGUUGCAACGCCUGCAUUUGCUUGGGGCAUUGUGAUGCUGCGCAGGGCAAUCACUAUUGCAGUCGUGAUUAUGGAUCUUCCGCAUCCAACCAGAACAGCUACCACUACAGCAACUCGAACGGUAGUUAUUACUACUCCAACCCCAACGGAUCUACGUGA